AUGAAGGCGACGAUCGACUUGAGCAACAACAGCACGAACAACACCGUGCCGGCACCCGAUAUCGCCCGCGCCUACCGACACCCGACAGACACGUUAUUCUUCACGGUUGUAAUCAAACACCGUGUAAAACGCGGACUUCGUCAUCAAGCACCAAGGAUUGGCGCAGUGGGGCUUGUGGGUGAUGCCACACGACGCGCCCCAUCAGGAAAGAACUAA